AUGAAAACCAAAGUAAACAAAAAGCUGCAGGAGAUGAGAGAAGAAGGGAUAAUCGAGAAAGUUGAGGGAGCAACGCCUUGGUUAUCACCGUUGAUAGCCAUCCCAAAGAAGAGUGGGGACCUCCGACUAGUGUUAGACAUGCGUAUACCUAACACAGCACUUGUAAGACGGCGCGUACAAAUUCCUACAGUCAACGAGAUACUUCAAAAGAUGGAGGGAGCAAAAGUCUUUACAGAGGUUGACCUGUCGCAAGGUUAUCUUCAACUGACCUUGGCAGAGGAAUCCCGUCAUAUUACAGCAUUUUCAACUCCUGAAGAUGGUCCGCAUAGAUUCACCAGGCUGAUAAUGGGAGCAUCACCAUCUGGAGAACACUUUCAUGAGAUUAUCCACGAGCUCAUCAAAGAGGUACCAGAUUGUGCCAACAUCUCUGAUAACAUUUGGCUAUGGUCCAAAGACAGAGAAACACACCUCAAGCGGCUAGACCAGCUCCUCACAAUCCUGAGAACCAAUGGCAUCACACUCAAACUACCAAAGUGUUCGUUCGCAGUACCGCAGAUAAACGUGUUUGGUCAUAUCGUGUCCGAGAAAGGAAUCAGACCAGAUAGCACCAAAGUCGAAGCCAUAACAAAUGCUCCACAUCCUACCACAGCAUCGGAAGUCAGAUCCUUCUUAGGCCUCACCAAUUAUUGUUCGAGAUAUAUACCCGACUACAGCAGCCUAACCUUCCCACUUCGACAGCUCACAAAGAAGAAUGUCACGUUUCACUGGGAUCACAGUCACGAGAAAGCAUUCCAGUCACUGAAGAAUGCCAUCACCACUUCACCGGUAUUAGCUCAUUACAAUCUUACUGCGGAAACCAAAGUCGUAGUAGAUGCAUCGCCAUGGGCACUGGGUGGCGUACUUCUCCAGAAACAAGCCGACGACAAUUAUCGACCAAUCGCGUACGGUAGCAGAUCGCUAACAGAUGUCGAACAGAAGUAUGGUCACAUAGAGAAAGAAGGAUUAGCAAUCGUAUUCGGAUGUGAACACUUUCACAUGUACCUAUAUGGACGUAGUUUUUAA